AUGUCCGAAGAGUGGAAGCCCAUCGACCACAAUGAAGUGAAGAGCAAGGAGGCGUUCGAAAUGGCUCUCGUGGAUUCACCGAACUCUGUUGUCAAGGAACGGCCCGACCAGAGUACCAAUCGGUUUAUUCUGCAGACCGACGGGUUCCAUGAUUUGCAGCGGUACGUUAAAUCGGGCAUGAGAUUCCCCAAGACCAGGGAUACUUUCGAGAAGGAUAUGCCCGAAUCCUACUUCAAGAGCCUGAGUGACAUCGAUUCCGGUAUAUAUGCGUUCACGCGAGAUUCUAUCAUCUCGAUUUCUGUCAACUGCAAUGAUUUCAAUAGCAAUGGGCUUGGAAAACUUGUGACCUCGGCCAAUGGUGCAAUUGCGUACGCCACUGAAGCCAUGGAUAUGUUGAAACUCGAACCAGAGACAAAUUUCAAAGCACAGCUAGCAGUGCUUCUAGACCCCAAGUACAAGACUGCACCAAAAGACGAAGCCUUUGAUGAGGCGCGGGAAGGUGCAAAAAUGGCCCUUGAGCAACUGCGAGACACAGCCCGAGAGAAGAAGCAGGAUGCGGAGGACAUGGUAGCGUUGCUAACCGCGUUCCAUAAUAAAACGGCUGCGGACGAGAAGAACGCCAUAUUGCUCAAGCAGGAAUAUUUCGACGGGCCUGUUAUCAACAUUCAAUCGAAACAGGAAAUAAAGGGCCAAAUCCCAUAUUCUGGUUUCCUGAAUGCCGAAGUAGCGCGACUACUCAAGUUGAUCAACGAUUCGGUCAUUAAACGGGACGACGCUUAUUCGAGAUGGGACAAAGCGAAGGACGGGGCAAUCGUUUCAGCUUUCUUCGGAGUCUUUGGUUGGAUCGCCUCGGGAAUCCUCACAGACCGUGCCAUUAAAGCCAGGGCACAGUAUGAUGACUUGGUCAAGCAAAUUGAAAAGGACCGUGCCGAGCAGGCUGUUACGGUAAAGCUCAUGGAGUGCAUCAACACUGUUCUCUAUCAGAUGAAAGACCUGCUUCCAAUGAUGACCAAGGCCCUUGCCGCUAUGAAAGAGCUACAAGGGUUGUUCAACUCCCAGCAGCUGAGUUUCGAUAUCAUUAUCCAAGAUUUGGAUGGCAUCGGUAAGGGAGUCCAAGCCAGUGCACUAAAGUGGAGAAAGGCGUGGAUCGAGAACAGGAUUGACAAAGCUGUUGAGAAGUAUCGAGAGGUAUGCUUCUAUAAUUACCGUCGACUGCUAUUUGAGAAACGCUGA